AUGCCUCCCAAACGCGCGACUUCUUCUAAAUCUAAAAGUACGCCGCUGAAGCGCGAGGCCAAUAGUCCGGUUCUUAGACGUUCUCCUCGAAAGCGAGCACGAGUGCAGUCGGCCGUGGACGAAGAUGAAGAUGACGAUUCCGAGUUGACCGAGCUGGACGACGAGGACCAGGACGAAUUCAAGCCUGAAGAGAUCAUAAAAGAAGAUCCAGAGAAACCAAGCUCGUUGGAUCUAGACAAGUUCGCCUACUCGGGAUCGUCUUCUCGUCCCAAACGUACUCCCGCCAAGGUUCAAGUCAAGCUCGAGGACAUGGACGGCGUCAAGCUCGAACACAAGGUCUCUCCGGUCAAGAGGGAACCCAACGCAACUUCUCCGACCAAGAAGAAACCGGCGACCAAGCAAAAGCCUAUCGUCAUGGAACUCGCAAAACCGCAUCCUGCACCUCCAAAUUGGGAGAAACAAUACUCGCUGAUCGAGGAUAUGAGGUCUAGAAUUGAUGCGCCGGUAGAUACGAUGGGGUGCGCCAAGUCGAUGACGGGGGUAGGCCCGCUCAAGGACCAACGAUUUGGAGCCCUUGUAUCUCUCAUGCUCUCGUCUCAAACCAAAGAUGAAGUUACGGCCGCAGCUGUUGAAAACCUUCGACACGUUUUACCAGGUGGACUAACUGUCGAUUCUAUACUCGCCGCCGAACCGAGCAUAAUUUCGAAUGCCAUUGGAAAGGUUGGAUUCUGGCGUCGCAAGACUGAGUAUAUACGAGCGGCCGCACAUAUCUUACGUGACAAGUACGACUCGGACGUACCCAAGACUGUCGAUGAGCUGUGUGCGCUACCCGGAUUUUUCGUCUUAUUUCCCAUUUUUACAUCGACUUAUGGACUGGACACAUACAGAAGCGUUGGAAUUGGCGUAGACAUCCAUGUGCAUCGUAUCUCAAACCGGUUGGGAUGGCACAAGCCUCCUACCAACACGCCUGAACAAACACGACUAAACCUCCAAUCAUGGCUGCCUCGUAAUUUGCACGCACCGAUUAAUCCGUUACUAGUCGGGUUCGGACAAGUGAUUUGUCUCCCCGUUGGGCCCCGAUGUGAUUCUUGUCUAUUAAGUCAAGGACUAUGUCCGAGCGCAAACACCAAAGCGACGGGCAAGGGCAAAAAACCAAUCACGUUCAAGGCCAAAGCAGAUCUAGACGCGGACGGGCUAGUUAGAAUGGAGGACAUCAAACUGGAGGAUGAUGUGCAAGGCGUCAGAAACGAGCAGAACGUAGUAGUGGUUGGUAACGAAACCAAGACCGAGGGGCGGGAUGUAGGAGAGCCGCUCGUGCAGAUCAAGAUUGAAGAUUAA